GCUGCGCAGUAGGAGUCAGCUGACGGUUGGUGUAACGUCUCCACCGGAGACCCAGAACGGAGAAAAACAGCCUCCCUCCGCCUCCACCGACUCCACCGGACAGCCGUUACCCUCCGGGACACACAGCCACGUCUUCCCGCCCUCCGCAGGGAUGAGUGCCGGCGCUCCGAGAGGCCUGGCCAGCUCGGGGCAGAAGCCCAUCACGGAGAUCCUCCACCCGCUGUCCGCCGCCGAGGAGACGCUCUCCCCGGGGCCAGAUGUCACCGUCAGCGGCGGAGGGGAGAAGGACUCAGGGCUGACCAACGGCACGCCGGUCGAGACGUCGAGUCCGGCCUCUGCGUCGCUGCUCUUCAACCGGCUGCAGCUGGACGACGACUUGGACGGAGAUGCUCGAGAUCUUUACGCCUCCACAGAAACCAGAGACCUGUUCGUCACCGUCGACGACCCAAAGAAGCACGUGUCCACCAUGGAGACGUACAUCACCUACAGAGUCUCCACCAAGACAACGCGGAUAGAGUUCGACCUGCCGGAGUACUGCAUGCGGCGGCGUUAUCAGGACUUCGACUGGCUGAGGAUCAAGCUGGAGGACAGCCAGCCGACUCACCUCAUCCCUCCGCUGCCAGAGAAGUUUGUGAUGAAGGGCGUGGUGGAUCGUUUUUCAGAGGAGUUCGUGGAGACGAGGAUGAAAGCUCUGGACAAGUUCCUCAAACGGGUGGCCGACCACCCCGUCCUCUCCUUCAACCCGCAUCUAAACGCCUUCCUGUCUGCCAAGGACCUGAACAAACGUCAGGGUCUCGCCCUGCUGACCAAAGUGGGCGAGUCGGUGAAGCACGUGGCCGGAGGCUACAAGCUGAGGACGCGGCCGCCGGAGUUCUGUGCGAUGGGGGAAUACUUGGAUACCUUCGCCCAGAAGUUGGGAACCAUCGACCGCAUCGCUCAGAGGAUCCUAAAAGAGCAGUCAGAGUACGUAACGGAGCUGCGUGAGUACGGCACCGUCUACUCCAGCUGGGCGGGGUCAGAGGAGGAGCUGCGACGCCCCCUGGAGGGCGUGGCCGGCUGUGUGACCACGUGUUGCGGAGCGUUGGAGGACCUGAGUGAGAACAUGAGCCAAGACUUCCUGCCUGUACUUCGAGAAUAUGUUCUCUAUAUAGAGUCCAUGAAGAACGUUUUGAGGAAGAGAGACCAGAGCCAAGCGGAGUACGAGGGACGUCUAGAAGCAGCCAUAUUACGCAAACAAGAAGACAGAACGCCCAUGCCCGUGGAGGUGGAGAAAUGCCAGGACAAGGUGGAGUGUUUCAACGCCGACCUGAAGGCUGACUGGGAACGCUGGCAGAGCAACAAGAGACAAGACUUCAAACAGCUCCUCACCGGGAUAGCCGACAAAAAUAUCAACCAUUAUGAAAAGUGCCAGGCGGCGUGGGAGUCGCUCAUAACUCUCCUCCAGGAAAAACAGACCGAGGACAAAACGAGUGAGACGAACUGAAACUCCUCCUCGUGUCCCGGCCCCCACAUCCUUCUCAUGCCAAGGAAACAGACCAACCGGGCAGCAGAUGUGGACUGCUGGACUUCUGGCCCAGUUCUGCUGUGAGACGGCUGGACGGAGCGAAGACGUCUCUGAGAGCUUCGGCCUGUGAAGGAGGUAAUGAACGGUGCGUUUAAGGACAGCUGGGAGAGAGGAGAAACCUACUAUGUACAGACUGUUUUUAGUUUUUUUGUUGCUCUUGUUGACUUUUUCUACUUCAUAUUUCCAAUUAACGGUCGGUCGCCAACGCUGCUUGUGUUUAUUUAACCGCUGUCUGAGGGCCGUGUUUCAUUUGUCCUUUCUGUUUUCUCAUCGAGCCAAAUGAGAAAAGUUGCAGAAGUUUUGUUACGUAUUCGGAACAUCCUCGAGAUCCUUCCUCCUGCCGGGUUGCCAACACUAAAACUCUCCAGUGAAACAAGCCUCAUGAAAUCAUUUUUUUAUCUCUUAAACGCAUCGUAUUGGCUAGAAGAAGCCACUUUUUAGUACUUUAAGGGACCAUACCUGUUAGUUUCACAAGAUUCAGCCCAUGGAUUCUGUUAAACGUACCAUUAUACUGUCAUUUUCCAACAGAUCAUAAACUUUUUUCAUAGUUUUCCUGCAAGCAUUGUUGUUAAAAAUGUGCCUGCAGAGAUUUAAAACAGCUUCAUCUCCACGUGUUCGACCAGAGAUAAGUUCAGUUCCAGAUCUCAUAGUUAGACUUCAGUAAAAGCCUCUCGUUGUUCUAAAAAGGGAAACUUUCUCAGCUGUUCUGGGGAUUAAUGGACAGACUGCAUUCAACGAUGACGACAUGAGUCUGAGCUGAAUGCUGAGGUUUCUCUAAGACGUCCGUUUGUGGAAAUUAUUAGAAGCUGAGCACAAACGCAGGAAGCAGGUUUGGUUUACAGAGCAGCAGCUCCACCUUGUGGUCAAACUGUUUGUAGUUUUCUGAUCUUUUUGAGGUAAAAACAGUGUGCUACCUCUGUUCAUUUCUUCUGUAGGUUCUCUUCUUCAAACAAACGCUUUACCUCAGUUGUUAAACGGUGAAGACUCCAUUGGUACUCUAAUUUAUUCAGUUCCAAAUCUAUUUCCUGCAGUAAUCUGCCUUAGUGACGCCCAUUGUAGAAAACUUUCUGGAGGAAACAAACACUGCAUCGGCAUCAUGCAGCAUUAUUCCACCUCAUUAACAGAAUGUGUGUCUUGUUUCAAAGAGAGAAACGGUUUAACACUGAAUAAAAGGUUCAGAAAAGGUGUCUUUGUUUUGUAAAGUGCAGCCAUCAGGUGAACAUCAGGUGAACAUCUGUCUCCACAUCAGAAACUCUGCUGCUGCUCACUGGGAAACGCUAAUCUUCUGGGAAAUUCCUGCAGUGUCGUGUAAACACCUGGGUAAACGGAUAAAAGGGAGUUAAAACUACAUUCUGAGUGAUGCAGCCUGAAGUUAGUUGUUUUCAGAGGUCAGAUUGAGACUAAAUGACUCAGUUAUGUGGAAAUCAGUUUGACGUCGAGGCCUCGUCUGCCCAGCUCUGAUUCACAGGAAACAUCCUCAGUAACGGCAUUUUUUUUUUUUUUUUGCGUCAAACUCCUUUCUCAUCUUCGUCUUGCUGAUGUGGCCUUGCAUUCUUAUUGCGAAAAUCCAGUUUUGCUGCGUUCACAUUUUAUUAGAAUCUGCUGAGAGUUCACCAAUAUUCACCGUUUGUUUCUAAUGUGGUGAACGUCUUUUCUCCGUCCUCGGCUGUCCUGCUGGCUCCUGACACUCAGCAUAAAGUAGCUAAAAAUAAAACUAAAAAAAGACUUGAUCAAUGAUUUAACGGCAGACUCAGUCAUGUGACGUCUUCCCAGCACCGCGUUCAUUAAGACUUUUAGCUUUUGAUCUAAACGGGUAAUAAUCAAGAAGAGUUUCUUUAUUGUCAGGAUUUUCAGAAUAAAGGUGCUGAUUUAUUUUUUUCUGUGCUCCUUGCAGUCUUUGUAUAAAAACAAAAAAGAGUCUUCUGUAUUUUAGUUCUUUUAUUACUAGAACAGUUUUAUUUUUUAAGUUGAUGCCACAUAACUGAGUCUGCCCUCUGUGCAACCAAAUGUGAGAUAAAGUGUCUGCAGACGGCUUUUAGUUCGAUCUGUGACCUCUUUUUUAAAAUUUUGUUUUCCCCUUGAGCUUUAAAAGCAUGAAGCAGCUACUGUGUCUCUUCUUGUUGACUUUUUUCUACCUGAAGCCAACCAGGCGACACAUGAAGAAUUUAGAGUUUUCCAGCUCUCCGGGUAGCUGUGAUUCAGUCUCAAGGCAGCUAAGGUGGACUCGUCUGCGGAUGCACCGAUGCUAAAAGGCUAAAUUACUGUAUUUGUGUGGCAGAAUACCAAAAUAGUAAAAUGUGCUAUGGAGGAAGAGGGUCAAAGUGUUCAGAAAUCACAAAUACAGUCAGAAAAUUAGCUUGAUUUAGUCAUUCUUAUCCCCAGACUUUUGCUUUGAAAGGACAUUUCCGGCAUAAACUAAUAAUUAUUCUCAUCUACUGUGAUUGAAGCCAUAUAAAAAGCACUUUUCACUCUAAUUUGGUUACGAGAUCCACUGAAGUUAACUGGAAAUGUUGACUUUAGAACGGUGAAGCAUCAGUGCUCAGUGAAGUUCUACUCUUUGACCACUGGAGGCGCUCUAGAGCAGUAUUUCUAACAGCUGGUCCUCCAUUUCUUUGCAUUUGUUUGUGUCUAUUUCCAAGAAAACCCCAGAUUUCUUUUAUCAGACUGUUAUAAUUUACAUUUCAGACUCAUAGUUGCGCACUACACAAGAAAUGAAACCGUGUUUGACAGUUUCCAUCAUUUUCUGCUGCAUUUCAACCGAACGCUGACGUUCACUGUCGUCUAACUGCAAAGGAAUUGUAGCAAACGUGACACAAAUUUAAAGAAAAAGAUCCGAUAAGCUGUAAAUGAGACAGUUGGAUUGGUUGCUGUUUACAGCCGAGCACUGUGAAUCGUUGCAUCGCUGCAUCCGUAGACUUCAGUUUGAUGUAAAUGAAGUUCUGGGAUUAUUCCGACUGCAGCUGAAUUCUUUAAACGGAACAGCUGAGUCUGUUUUUCUGAGAGAGGAACAGGAGAUCACUGUUGGGGUUCUGAUGAGGAGAUUAAUUCUAUAAGAGAUGGAAGAUUAACCAUGUAAAUCUGGCAUAACUAAAAUAUGACAAAUGGUAGGUUGUUUUUCCUUUUGACACCCAUCAGACCCCCAGCAGUAGCUCUCUGUUUGCUUACUGUACUCCUUCAUCACAGCCAUUGUAAAAGCCCAUCCUUUACUGUGUGCCUGCUGAUUUACUUUGCACUAUAUAUGUAGCUCCAGAAAAAUAAAUUAAAAACUUCAGUUUGCUUUCUUCCAGUUUCCAAAAAACAACAACAAACUGUCUGGUCAGUUGAGACACUUUUUGUGUCGUCGGGUUACGAGGGGAGUUUUCUUUUCUGUACAAAGCAAACAUUUCGAAGCCUAAUGUCGUUUUCUCCAGUCUUCCCUGCGGAGAUUCACACAUGAAGAGAGAAUCCGGUGUUCAGUCCGACACGUCCGAAGGCUCAGACGACUUAUGAACGCGUGAAUCCGGCUUCAGCUCCUCCCCAGUGUGUACUGUUUACGUUCACAAUCCUUCUUGUACAUUUGGAUGUUAAUAACAUUUUGUUGUAAUUAUAAAUAAGCUUGUAUAUUGAUGUUUUGAUGCAAUUUAUCUUUACCACAAAUGAUUUUUUUCGGAAAUAUCGGACCAAUAAUAAAGAGAGCGAAUGCAUUUGA